GGACGCUGUGAGUGCGCGCGGUUGCGGGGUCGCUUUGCGGCUACUGCUUUGCGGCUACUGCUUUGCGUCCCCGGCGGGCAGCCCGGGGCUGGUUCCCGCCUCCGCUCUCGCCACCGGCGGGAAAAGCAGCUAGUGUGGGAGGAAAGGCGCCAUCUCCCGCCCCAUCUCUCCCGCUCUUGGCUGGCCGGAUCUUUUGGCUGUCCUGUGGCCUCGCUCCCCGCCCGGAUCCUCCUGACCCUGAGAUUCGUGGGUCUCACGUCCGGUGCACGCCCUGCUUCGGCCUCAGUUAAGCCUUUGUGGACUCCAGGUCCCCGGUGAGAUUAGAAACGUUUGCAAACAUGUCCCGGAUCGAAAAGAUGAGCAUUCUGGGCGUGCGGAGUUUUGGAAUAGAGGACAAAGAUAAGCAAAUUAUCACUUUCUUCAGCCCCCUUACAAUUUUGGUUGGACCCAAUGGGGCGGGAAAGACGACCAUCAUUGAAUGUCUAAAAUAUAUUUGUACUGGAGAUUUCCCUCCUGGAACCAAAGGAAAUACAUUUGUACAUGAUCCCAAGGUUGCUCAAGAAACAGACGUGAGAGCCCAGAUUCGUCUGCAAUUUCGUGAUGUCAAUGGAGAACUUAUAGCUGUACAAAGAUCUAUGGUGUGUACUCAGAAAAGCAAAAAGACAGAAUUUAAAACUUUGGAAGGAGUCAUUACUAGAACAAAGCAUGGUGAAAAGGUCAGUCUAAGCUCUAAGUGUGCGGAAAUUGACCGAGAAAUGAUCAGUUCUCUUGGGGUUUCCAAGGCUGUGCUAAAUAACGUCAUUUUCUGUCAUCAAGAAGAUUCUAAUUGGCCUUUAAGUGAAGGAAAGGCUUUGAAGCAAAAGUUUGAUGAGAUUUUUUCAGCAACAAGAUACAUUAAAGCCUUGGAAACACUUCGGCAGGUACGUCAGACACAAGGUCAGAAAGUAAAAGAAUAUCAAAUGGAACUAAAAUAUCUGAAGCAAUAUAAGGAAAAAGCUUGUGAGAUUCGUGAUCAGAUUACAAGUAAGGAAGCCCAGUUAACAUCUUCAAAGGAAAUUGUCAAAUCCUAUGAGAAUGAACUUGAUCCAUUGAAGAAUCGUCUAAAAGAAAUUGAACAUAAUCUCUCUAAAAUAAUGAAACUUGACAAUGAAAUUAAAGCCUUGGAUAGCCGAAAGAAGCAAAUGGAGAAAGAUAAUAGUGAACUCGAAGAGAAAAUGGAAAAGGUUUUUCAAGGGACUGAUGAGCAACUAAAUGACUUAUAUCACAAUCACCAGAGAACAGUAAGGGAGAAAGAAAGGAAAUUGGUAGACUGUCAUCGUGAACUGGAAAAAUUAAAUAAAGAAUCUAGGCUUCUCAAUCAAGAAAAGUCAGAACUGCUUGUUGAACAGGGUCGUCUACAGCUACAAGCAGAUCGCCAUCAAGAACAUAUCCGGGCUAGAGAUUCAUUAAUUCAGUCUUUGGCAACACAGCUAGAAUUGGAUGGCUUUGAGCGUGGACCAUUCAGUGAAAGACAGAUUAAAAAUUUUCACAAACUUGUGAAAGAGAGACAAGAAGGGGAAGCAAAAACUGCCAACCAACUGAUGAAUGACUUUGCAGAAAAAGAGACUCUGAAACAAAAACAGAUAGAUGAGAUAAGAGAUAAGAAAACUGGACUGGGAAGAAUAAUUGAGUUAAAAUCAGAAAUCCUAAAUAAAAAGCAGAAUGAGCUGAAAAACGUGAAGUAUGAAUUACAGCAGUUGGAAGGAUCUUCAGAUAGGAUUCUUGAACUGGACCAGGAGCUCAUAAAAGCUGAACGUGAGUUAAGCAAGGCUGAGAAAAACAGCAAUGUAGAAACUUUAAAAAUGGAAGUAAUAAGUCUUCAAAAUGAAAAAGCAGACUUAGACAGGACCCUGCGUAAACUUGACCAGGAGAUGGAGCAGUUAAACCAUCAUACAACAACACGUACCCAGAUGGAGAUGCUGACCAAAGACAAAGCUGACAAAGAUGAACAAAUCAGAAAAAUAAAAUCUAGGCACAGUGAUGAAUUAACGUCACUGUUGGGAUACUUUCCCAACAAAAAACAGCUUGAAGACUGGCUACACAGUAAAUCAAAAGAAAUAAAUCAGACCAGGGACAGACUUGCCAAAUUGAACAAGGAACUAGCUUCAGCUGAGCAGAACAAAAAUCAUAUAAAUAAUGAACUAAAAAGAAAGGAAGAGCAGCUGUCCAGUUACGAAGACAAGCUGUUUGAUGUUUGUGGUAGCCAGGAUUUUGAAAGUGAUCUAGACAGGCUUAAAGAGGAAAUUGAAAAAUCAUCAAAACAGCGAGCCAUGCUGGCUGGAGCCACAGCAGUUUACUCCCAGUUCAUUACUCAGCUAACAGAUGAAAACCAGUCAUGUUGCCCCGUUUGUCAGAGAGUUUUUCAGACAGAGGCUGAAUUACAAGAAGUCAUCAGUGAUUUGCAGUCUAAACUGCGACUUGCUCCAGAUAAACUCAAGUCAACAGAAUCAGAGCUAAAAAAAAAGGAAAAGCGGCGUGAUGAAAUGCUGGGACUUGUGCCCAUGAGGCAAAGCAUAAUUGAUUUGAAGGAGAAGGAAAUACCAGAAUUAAGAAACAAAUUGCAGAAUGUCAAUAGAGACAUACAGCGCCUAAAGAACGACAUAGAAGAACAAGAAACACUCUUGGGUACAAUAAUGCCUGAAGAAGAAAGUGCUAAAGUGUGCCUGACAGAUGUUACAAUUAUGGAGAGGUUCCAGAUGGAACUUAAAGAUGUUGAAAGAAAAAUUGCACAACAAGCAGCUAAGCUACAAGGAAUAGACUUAGAUCGAACUGUCCAACAAGUCAACCAGGAGAAACAAGAGAAACAGCACAAGUUAGACACAGUUUCUAGUAAGAUUGAAUUGAAUCGUAAGCUUAUACAGGACCAGCAGGAACAGAUUCAACAUCUAAAAAGUAUAACAAAUGAGCUAAAAUCUGAGAAACUUCAGAUAUCCACUAAUUUGCAACGUCGUCAGCAACUGGAGGAGCAGACUGUGGAAUUAUCCACUGAAGUUCAGUCUUUGUUCAGAGAGAUAAAGGAUGCUAAAGAGCAGGUAAGCCCUUUGGAAACAACACUGGAAAAGUUCCAGCAAGAAAAAGAAGAAAUAAUCAACAAAAAAAAUACAAGCAACAAAAUAGCACAGGAUAAACUGAAUGAUAUGAAAGAGAAGGUUAAAAAUAUUCAUGGUUAUAUGAAAGACAUUGAGAAUUAUAUUCAAGAUGGGAAAGACGACUAUAAGAAGCAAAAAGAAACUGAACUUAAUAAAGUAAUAGCUCAACUAAGUGAAUGCGAGAAACACAAAGAAAAGAUAAAUGAAGAUAUGAGAAUCAUGAGACAAGAUAUUGAUACACAGAAGAUACAAGAAAGGUGGCUACAGGAUAACCUUACCUUAAGAAAAAGAAAUGAGGAACUAAAAGAAGUUGAAGAAGAAAGAAAACGACAUUUGAAGGAAAUGGGUCAAAUGCAGGUUUUGCAAAUGAAAAAUGAACAUCAGAAGCUGGAAGAGAACAUAGACAAUAUAAAAAGAAAUCACAGUUUGGCAUUAGGGCGACAGAAAGGUUAUGAGGAAGAAAUUAUUCAUUUUAAGAAAGAACUUCGAGAACCACAAUUUCGGGAUGCUGAGGAAAAGUAUAGAGAAAUGAUGAUUGUUAUGAGGACAACAGAACUUGUGAACAAAGAUCUGGAUAUUUAUUAUAAGACUCUUGACCAAGCAAUAAUGAAAUUUCAUAGUAUGAAAAUGGAAGAAAUCAAUAAAAUUAUUCGUGACCUGUGGCGAAGUACCUAUCGUGGACAAGAUAUUGAAUACAUAGAAAUACGGUCUGAUGCCGAUGAAAAUGUAUCAGCUUCUGAUAAAAGGCGGAAUUAUAACUACCGAGUGGUGAUGCUGAAGGGAGACACAGCCUUGGAUAUGCGAGGACGAUGCAGUGCUGGACAAAAGGUAUUAGCCUCACUUAUCAUUCGCCUGGCCCUGGCUGAAACGUUCUGCCUCAACUGUGGCAUCAUUGCCUUGGAUGAGCCAACAACAAAUCUUGACCGAGAAAACAUUGAAUCUCUUGCACAUGCUCUGGUUGAGAUAAUAAAAAGUCGCUCGCAGCAGCGUAACUUCCAGCUUCUGGUAAUCACUCAUGAUGAAGAUUUUGUGGAGCUUUUAGGACGUUCUGAAUAUGUGGAGAAAUUCUACAGGAUUAAAAAAAACAUCGAUCAGUGCUCAGAGAUUGUGAAAUGCAGUGUUAGUUCCCUGGGAUUUAAUGUUCAUUAAAAAUACCCAAGAUUUAAAUGCCAUAGAAAUGUAGGUCCUCAGUGUAUAAGAAGAAACUGCUUAUUUCUGAUAUCAACUUAGUAAGAAAACAUAUUCUUUUAAAGGAACAUUGUGUCUAGGAUUUCGGAUGUCGGGAGGUUCUAAAAUUAUGAAACUUGUUUCACUGAAAAUUGGACAGAUUGCCUGUUUCUGAUUCCCUGCUCUUCAUCCCAUUCCAGGCAGCCUCUGACAGGCCUUCAGGGUUCAGCAGCACAGCCGAGACUCGACUCUGUGCCUUCCUCCCCAAUGCAAAUGCAUGCUCCUUUCUCAAAGCAUGCAUUUGUUGAGAUAAUUACUGCCUUGAAAAUUUAUGGUUUUGGUAUUUUUUUUUAUCAUAGUUAAAUGUUACCUCUGAAUUUAUUUCCUUUCAUGUUGUUUGAAAAACUGAGUAUUAAUAUCUGAGGAUGACCAGAAGUGGUGAGAUGUAUGUUUGACUCUGCUUUUAACUUUAUAAAUCCAAGUGACCUCUCUCUCUCUGGGACUUGGUUUCCCCAACUAAAAUUUGAAGUAGUUGAGUGGGGUCUCAAAGUUUGACAGUGAACCUUAAGUAAUCAUCUAAGUCAGUACCCACCACCUUCUUCCCCUACAUAUCCCUGCCAGAUGGUCAUCCAGACUCAGGGCUCUCUCUACAGAGAGGAAAUUCUCCACUCUGCACACUCACCUUUGGAAAGCUCUGACCACUUGAGGCCUGAUCUGCCCAUCGUGAAGAAGCCUGUAACACUCCUCUGCAUCUAUCCUGUGUAGUAUCCUGGCUUCAUCAUCAAUCCUGAUUCCUCUCCAAGGGGGCAUUGCCGUGUGGAAGGCAAGCCAGGCUCACUCACAAAGUCAAGGCCUGCUCCCUGUAGGGUCCAACCAGACCUAGAAGAGCAGGCCUCGCCAUGUGCUCUUCAGAUGCCAUUUCUAAGAAAAGUCUAAUCACAGUUUUUCCUGGAAUUGCCAGCUGACAUCUUGAAUCCUUCCAUUCCACACAAAAUGCAAGCACAUCACACGCUUUUGAAUUACGCUUUGUGGAGUUCUGUUAUUCAGAGUCAGCCAGGUCUUCAUUCAGUCACGUGGCAUGGUUUUAUGCCAUCUGUAGAUAUAACGAGCAUGUUGCCUAGACAGCUUUUCUCAGUUGGGGCCAGAAGAUAAUUAAGCCCUAAAGUCCUAAAGCGUCUGUGGUAGGUUAAAUAGUUGGCCCCCAAAGAUAGCCAGGGUUCUGAUUUCUAGAACCCGUGACUGUUACUUUAUAUGGCAAAGGAAACUUUGCAGAUGUGAUUAAAGCUAAAGACCUUAAGACAGAGUGUCCUGGGGGCAGGGUGGGGGCGGAGGGGGGGUGGUUCCUAAAUGUAAUCACGAGUAAGAUUAAGAGCACAUCAAUUCUAGUCAUAUAGUAAACAUCCACAAUAACCAAGAUAUUUUUAUCCCAAGAAUGCAAGAUUUCAGAAAAUGAAAAAUCUGUUGAUAAAUCAUCACUAUAAUAAAAAUCUGUUGAUAAAUCAUCACUAUAAUAAAACCGAAGGGGAAGAAAUUCUGAAAAAUUCUAGCAGCUAUAUUUGAUAAAAUUCAACAUAUAGCUUUAGCAAACUCAGUUUUGCAAAGAAUAUUUUCUUAAUGUUUUCUGUUGCUAAAUCAAAAUUAAACAUCUUAAUUGCAAAAUAAAACAUUUCUCAGUAAAUAUUAAAGCCAGUUACCUUCUAUCAACAUGUUUCUGAAAGUGCUAGUUGUUAGCAAGGAAUAACAAAGUCAAUACAAGACCAAUAUAGGCAGUGAAACAAAAUUAUCAUUUGCAAGUUAAAACAGACUUCCCAGUUUUAAAUCUGGUUUCCCCCUGAGUAUGUGGCAUCCUUGGCAGCACUUUUGAGAGUGGCUGCUUUCGUUCAGAUAGGUGCCUUUCUGGCUUCUCACUGCUGCUUCUAGAUCAUUCUCCAAAUAUCCCCCCUUCCCCACAUUGGAAUGAAUAGCCAUCACAGUAUGGAUGGAGGUUAGAAUGAGCCAGACUGCCUGGGCUCCAAUCCUAGCACACCACUCACUAGCUGGGGACCUUGAGCAAGUUAUUUGUCCUGUUUUGUUUCUGUUUCCUUAUAUGUAAAAGUGGGUAAAAUGGUACAUGUUUUGUAGGGUUGUUAUGAAGAUUGAAUGACAUUUAGAAACUGCUUAGAACUGCUUGCCACCUACUAAAUACUGUGUGAGUGUUCAAGAAAAACCUAUCUUCAUUUCA